UUUUACACUUAAAACCUUCUUUUCAAAUCAUUAUCAAAUGGCAUCAGAAGACGAUGUGGAAAAGCGUAUGUUUGAAAGCUACCUUGAAGUAGAAGAUUAUAGUAAUAAUCCUGAAAUUGAAAAAGUAUGGGCUGGUGCUGUUAUGGAGGACAUGAUGAUCCAUUAUAAUCUUUUAACCUCAGUCCCACCUCGGACACUGAGACUUUCACCCUUUGACGAUGAAAUAUAUGAAGCCUUUACAGAGAAUUUCCAUGCUUUCAAAUUGGAUGUUCUUGAAGAAGAUAGUUUGAAGUCGUGGAAAAGCAAAGAGAAAUGGCGUAAGUUCAUUCAAAUGUUCCAAGACAAGAUCAAUAAUGCAACAUUUGGGACAUUGAUACGCAUUGACAGUUCUGGAACAUAUGAAGAUGUCAACACAAUAUUUGUUGUCAGAAUCCAGUUUCUAGCCAUAGAAAUUGCACGUAACAGAAGAGGCUUAAAUGAUAAGGUGUAUUUGAGGAACAAGAUUGGUGUUCAAGAUAAAAAAUUGGAAUGAAGUCACUUGGUAUAACAGUUUUAA